AUGCUCAAGAUGGAAAUCCCAGAUAACUCAACCAAUAGCCACGAAUUGUCGGUCGCCAGUCAGGGGGCCCAGAAGCCAAAGAAGAAGCGCAUUCGGAACUGGACUGCUGAAGACCGAGCGGUUCAUCGCGAGUUUGAGAAGUCACGGCGGGAGGCUUUUAGUGAACGACUCAUGCACAUCAUCGUGGACGCCAGCAUUGCCCACCAUCAAGCGCAGCAAGCAGCUUCUAGAAAAGCAGCCGACGCAAUCGAGUCAUUGCUUUCAGAACGCGAUGACUUACUCAAAGAGGUCAACUACUUUCGAUCUCUCUACCAACCUGGUACAUCGAUCCCUCGCCAGGCUCGCCCCAUCAGCCCCACCGUACAUGAUCUCUUGACAACAAGCAAAGCGGGCACAAGCAGCUCCAUUGCCGGCUCUUCAAGAAAUAUGUCUAUUGGUACAGUUUCGGACCAAGCUUCACCGACUACCCUAGGUUCAUUCAUGCCUGUAGUCUCCGAAGACCUCCCUGUACAUGAGCCGGUUCCCCUGCCCUCCGGUCAUCCACUUCCGAGUCGCGACUCAGUGCCACCUUCAAACUAUAGUGUAGUCGAUUGGAAUUGGUCCAGCCCGGAGAAAGAAACAGCAAAUAUGCCAGUCAAUCUCCUUGAUGAGCCUUCCAUGCUAUGGACGCCAGCGCCCGACAUCCCGAUUGCAACACCACCCAAAGAUGCAAACGCCGAGUAUAACCCAGGGCAUCUGGUGAAAAACUCUGCUAUGUUUUGGACUCAUCAUCCCGGUCAAUUUACCCCAACGCCACCGCAAGAUGCUGCCCAUUUCGGUCUGAAUGGAGGGUUCGUAGCAGAAAAUCCAUUAGUUUGGCCACCGUAUCUGCCAAUGGCUGCGGUUUCAUCAACUGAGAGCCGGAAUAUCGCACUGUCAAAUCAAAUGAUUCAAUUUAGCGGCAGCCAACUGGCUCCUAAUCAGUCUAUUUAA